AUGCCGCGCCUCGUACGCAGACGACCCCUCAGUGAGCGCAUACGCACUUACCUGAACCCAUAUGACUUCUUGCUCUGGCUGUCCGAGGAGUUUGAAGGAGGCGACUGGGACCAGCUGGAGGAGAACUGGUCCUUGCCUAUUGGAAUCGGACUCAAUGUGGUGCUCUUGAUCGCACGAGCAAACAGCAGAUCCGGCAGCAGUGCGGCUUUCGACGAUGUGUUUGGCGACGACGACGGUACUUCCCUUCGGGGUUGGCUGGCUUCGUUCGUGGUUCAUUUCAUGGCGCUCGCCUCCAUCGCCAAUGCUGUCUAUACCUUUACCAAAAAACGACACUAUCGCUUGUUCGAGAACUCGAUCGACACCAACCCAGCAACACCCUCUGCUCAGCGUGUGCGCGUUAACUCGAGCCCUAUGAUGAUGUCUCCUCUGCGAUAUAUUGCCAAAUCUCUAGGAACAGACUCGGCUCGCGAGCGAGCGCAUCCUGAUGCGCAGCGCGACGUCUGGGAGCUUGCCAUUUGGGACCCCUCACCACUGUGUCUCCGCCUGUUCACCUUGUUCAGCCCCGGACACGUUUUGGUAUACUGGCUCUUCCUGCCGACCCAAUUAUCGGAUCCACGUCCCAGUGUGACGAUCGUGACAACUAUGGUUUUGACAGCUCUUCUAUCGGUUCAAAUGUCUUUCAUUUCAUCGUCCUACAAACAACAGGCCAAGGACCAAAAGGUGGUGCACAAAGAGGUUUUCAAGGAGUACGACACCAAAUACGUGCAGCCAAGGACACACCCGUUGAUGAGAGACGUUGGAACACAAUUCUCGGAUGCCCAGGUUGAACACCCGAAGAGCGAAGACGAUCUCAACAGAGUCGAGACUUACACGCCGACUGUCAUCAUCAACCGUGGCUUCAAGACUAGUCCUAAUCCGAAUUACCUGAAGCAUGUGGACCCAGAAGGCUUCACCCCAGCCCGCCAAACAAACACCUCUACCCCAGUCUCGUCCAUAUUCCAAGGCCCACCAACAAUUUCCCGAGACGGUUCACCAUUGGCCCGGGGGAACAGCCGUACGUCAAUGCGGCAGCCACAGUUCCGAUCUACCGGAACGACCCCAGGCGAUGGAGGCAGCCUUGGUAUCUACAGCCACGCCAACUCUCCCUUGAAAAAGUCUGCAACUACAUCAUUCGAUCGCAGACUCCAAAGCAAUGGAGACUUCGUGUAUAAAGAGCGAGGCACAACUCCCUUGAUGCGAACCUCAAGUCCACUCAAGAAAAGCAUUGUCCCGGGGCCCACCACCCCCAGCGGACUAGCUCCCAUCAAUAGAUCAGAUAGCCUCUCUCGGCGAGAAUCAGGGCGGUUCUAA